AUGCGCGCCUCAGCAGUCCUCGCCGCAGCCUGCGCCAUGUCCUCCUCCGUCAUUGCCGGCGCCGUCCCCCGCGACGCCGCUCCCGCAGCUCACCCCUGGCUGGCCCCCGACGUCGCCGCCGGCGCCGUCCGCGGCCCCUGCCCAAUGCUAAACUCCCUCGCCAACCACGGCUACCUCGCCCGCGACGGCAAGGCCAUCUCCAUGCAGGACCUCAUCGCCGGCCUCGGCUCCGCCCUGCACUUCAACGAGUCCCUCGUCCGCACCCUCGGCACGCCCGCCUUCGCGACCUCCACCACCGGCAACCCAAACACCUUCAACCUCGACGACAUUGCCAAGCACAACGUCAUCGAGCACGACGGCAGCCUGUCCCGCGCCGACUAUGCCGUCACGGGCGACGCAAAGACGUUCAACGAGACGGUCUGGGCCGAGACGAGGGGAUACCUCGAGGCCGGCUCCGCGGCGACGGACAACAAGGUCGGCGUCGCGACCAUGGCUACCGCGCGCAGCAAGCGCAUCGCUACCGCCAAGGCCACCAACCCGUCCUUCAACCUGGCCACGAGCCAGGUCACCGUGUCCCUGGGCGAGUCCGCCGUCAUCCUCGGCACCAUUGGACAGAGCUACACCGAGCCUGCCGCGCCGCUCGAGUGGUUGAAGGUCGUCUUUGAGGAGGAGCGUCUGCCCUUCAACGAGGGAUGGAGCACCUCUGCGGAUGUGAUUACUACCGCCCAGGUCUUGGGUCUGUCGCAGCUUAUUGCCACCAGCGGAAGCAGCUAA